UUUAACAAUUGAACUAAUGGAUGUCUCUAUCAACCAACUAGAUUAAAAAAAAGAAACUGUCAGUUUUCGAGUUUUCGGAAGAGAGCGGAAAAUUGAGUAGAAUUUUACGAUAUUUUUUAAAAUAAAUUGCAUUAAAUUAAGUUAAUACUUUUAGUUCUAAUGAAAAGUGUGAUAGGAGUUUCGAAUAAUUAAAUAAUAUCUACUUCUUGUUGUGCUAACUGAUGAUAAUUUGAUGCGAUGGCGAUAACCGCAGACGAGGUGGCUGAGCGCUUUCCUAUUCACUGGCUCGUUUGGAACAACCAGCAUGAAGAACUGAAAGAAGCUUUGGAGUCCAAGAAGUUCACAUCUGAGGACCUAGAGAAGAAAGAUCCUCGCGGGCGCACUCCGUUACUUCUAGCGGUGACGCUCAACCACAUCGAGGCGGUGCGCGCUUUGCUAGACGCGGGAGCCGAUGUCAACUGCGAGAAAGAUGGAUGGACAGCGGUGCAAGAAGCAACAGCGACGGGCGACGCCGAGCUUCUAUCGCUGGUGCUAUCGCGUCGCGACUUCCAAAGGCACGUGGUGCGCGCGAGUGGCAUCCCAGACUUGCUGCACCGGCUCAGUCUUGCGCCCGACUUCUACGUCGAGAUGAAGUGGGAGUUCACCAGCUGGGUGCCACUAGUGUCGCGCAUGUGUCCGUUCGACACGUAUAAAGUGUACAAACGCGGCGGCAACGUGCGCGUCGACACCACACUCGUCGGCUUCGAGAACAACCGCUGGCAGCGCGGGGACAGGACUUACAUAUUCCGCGGACAAGGUCGCAGCGCCAGCCUGAUAGAGUUAGACCACGAAGCAGGCACAUCAUGGCGGGAAUACGUGGAACCUAUAGACUCGCAGGACUAUCCUCCGCCUAACCCGCGUCUACUGCAGCAACGCCUCGCCGCGCCCGUUGCCAUCAACUACCUGGACACCGACAAGAUAUGCUUCGAGAGGAGCAAAACCGGCAUCUGGGGCUGGCGCCAAGACAAGACCGAGAAUGUAAACGGCUACGAGUGCAAGGUGUUCAGCGCCAACAACGUCGAGCUGGUCUCCAAGACGCGCAGCGAGCACUUGCCCGCCCAGCGCCGCCAAGCCCGGCCUAAUAGGGCUCCGCUGGCGGGACUACUGGCCUUGGCUGAUGGCGAGGCCGAGCCGGAGCAGCAGUCGCCGACUGCUGCUGAGCCUGAAGAGAGGCUGAUCGAGAGCCGUCGCUCCACGCCCACGCCGCCCGCGGUCUCCUGGGCGGAGUACUUCGGCGAGGAGGCGCCGUCAAGCGACGUGGGCCGCGCGCAGGUGCUCGACACCAAGGUGCAGAAGUUCCGCGCCACGCUGUGGCUGUGCGAGGACUACCCGCUAGAGUUGCAAGAGCAAAUCAUGCCGAUCCUGGAUUUGAUGGCGGCGAUAUCGUCCCCGCACUUCGCCAAGCUAAAAGACUUCAUCCAGAUGCAGCUACCGUCUGGAUUCCCUGUAAAAAUUGAAAUCCCGCUAUUCCACGUCCUCAACGCUCGCAUAACGUUCGGCAACAUCUUCGCCACCGAAUCUCCCGUGACCCACGUGGAAUGCAUCCGCGAGGGCGACCGUUUAGCCUGCGUGCUCGACGACGCGUGCUUCGCAGCAGGCACCGCCUACACCGCCGCCGAAGGAGCGCGCCUCGCCGACGACGAGGAGAGUUUACUGCAGUAUGCCAUCCAGCAGAGUCUCAUGGAGGCUGGCACGAGCGAUGACCAGGUGGACGUGUGGGAAGCGCUGCGAGGCGCGCGGCCGGCGUCGCCCGCUCCGCCGCGGCCCGAACUGCUGACACACGAGGAGAGGGAGCUACAGAGGUAAAUUGUACCUCAUUCA